AUGGUAGGCCUUUUAAUCUACUUCUUCGUUGUGCUCGCAGCUUCAAUAUGUACGAGAGGGGGGAAGGCCGUCCUCUCACGGCAAUUCCGAGAGAUAGCACGCACGAGAAUAGAGGCAUUGCUAGCCUCGUUCCCUAAGCUGGCAGAUUCGGGAACGCAGCACACUAUCGUCGAGCAGGACAAUGUUCGAUUUGUCUAUCAGCCCUUGGACGAACUGUACAUCGUCCUCAUCACAAACCGUCAAUCAAACAUUCUCCAGGACAUCGACAGUUUACAUCUCUUUGCUCAGGUUGUGUCUAGUAUUUGCAAAAGCCUAGAUGAGAGAGAAAUCGUGCGCAGUGCGUUUGAACUUUUGAGCGCUUUUGAUGAAAUUGUUACCCUGGGAUACAGGGAAAACCUAUCCUUGUCACAGAUAAAGACCUUUCUUGAGAUGGAGAGUCAUGAAGAGCGAGUCCAGGAAAUAAUUGACAGAAACAAAGAAUUGGAAGCAACUGAAGAGCGAAAGCGAAAAGCGAAGCAACUCGAGAUGCAGCGCAAAGAAGCUGCCCGGAGUGGGAGAUCUAUGGCUCCACGAACUCCAUCCUACCCAACCUACACACCACCCAUUCGAUCAAGUGUUCCAGAUGCGAUGGAUUCAUAUGAGGCCGAGAAAAAGAAGACAUUCUCCAAGCCCCUCGUCACCAGAGGCAAAGGAAUGCAGCUCGGAAAGAAGUCUAAGAGCACCGAUAUCUAUGAGAAAGUACGAGGUGAACUUGGACCAGAAGCUGAAGACAUGCCACUUGUUACACCCAGCCCUGCUGCUGCUGUGGCUGAAGCUCCAUCAACAAGAGCAUCUUUGUCCGCAGACCGUGAACCAAUUCACAUAACUGUUGCCGAGAGUAUGUCCGCCAAGCUAUCUCGAGACGGCGCCUUGAAAUCAUUUGAAGUUAAGGGUGAUCUCCAACUCCGCAUCUCCGACCCUUCUUUCACCAAGGCCAAGCUUGACCUGACAGCGAAUGCAACGCACGGCGCCCAGUACCGUACUCACCCGAAUGUUGACAAAGCGCUCUUUUCGAGCCAAAAGGUCAUCCAGCUGAAAGACACAUCCAAAAGAUUCCCGGCAAACAACGCAAUUGGCGUACUUCGAUGGCGUAUUGCGAGCAAUGGAGAGACAGAUCUACUACCCAUCACUUUUACCGUGUGGGUCAAUAAAGGGUCUGAUUCGACUACCGUUACAGUGGAGUACGAGCUCACUGGAUCAGAAAACCUGCAAGACGUUACUGUCACAAUUCCUUUCCAAACAGUAGAACCAACCAUUACCAGUUUUGACGCAAACUACGAAGUGACAGGUGACACUUUGGAUUGGAAUAUUGGAAACGUCGACUCAUCCAACUCAUCUGGUAGCUUCGAGUUCGAGUCUUCUGAUCCCGAGAGUGAUGAGAACGAGUUCUUUCCUAUGAAUGUCCGAUUUAACAAAUCGACACCAUUUGCGGAUGUAGAUGUUCAUUCCGUCUCGUUACUAGAUAUGGAGGGCGAGGGUGUGGGCUUCACCCAGGAUGUCAAAUGUGUUUCUGACGGGUAUACCAUCGAGUAA